AUGGCGGUUCUGCUGGAGACCACGCUGGGCGACGUCGUCAUCGACCUGUACACCGAGGAGCGGCCGCGCGCCUGUUUGAAUUUUCUGAAGUUGUGUAAAACAAAAUAUUACAAUUAUUGCCUUAUUCAUAAUGUACAGAGGGAUUUUAUCAUCCAAACUGGUGAUCCUACAGGGACUGGCCGUGGAGGAGAGUCUGUUUUUGGUCAACUGUAUGGUGAUCAAGCAAGAUUUUUCGAUGCAGAAAAAGUGCCAAGAAUUAAGCACAAGAAGAAAGGCACUGUGUCCAUGGUGAACAAUGGCAGUGAUCAGCAUGGAUCUCAGUUUCUUAUUACUACAGGAGAUAAUCUAGAUUACCUUGAUGGUGUUCAUACUGUGUUUGGUGAAGUGACAGAAGGCAUGGACAUAAUUAAGAAAAUUAAUGAGACCUUUGUUGACAAGGAUUUUGUACCAUAUCAAGAUAUCAGGAUUAAUCAUACAGUGAUUUUAGAUGAUCCAUUUGAUGACCCUCCGGAUUUAUUAAUUCCUGAUCGAUCACCAGAACCUACUAGGGAACAACUAGAUAGUGGUCGAAUAGGAGCAGAUGAAGAAAUUGAUGAUUUCAAAGGAAGAUCGGCUGAAGAAGUAGAAGAAAUAAAGGCAGAAAAAGAGGCCAAAACUCAAGCUAUUUUAUUAGAAAUGGUGGGAGACUUACCUGAUGCAGAUAUUAAACCUCCAGAAAAUGUCCUGUUUGUGUGUAAAUUGAAUCCAGUGACCACAGAUGAGGAUUUGGAGAUAAUAUUUUCAAGAUUUGGACCAAUAAGAAGUUGUGAAGUUAUUCGAGAUUGGAAGACAGGAGAAUCCCUUUGUUAUGCUUUUAUUGAAUUUGAAAAGGAAGAAGAUUGUGAGAAAGCAUUCUUCAAAAUGGACAAUGUACUUAUAGAUGACAGAAGGAUACAUGUGGAUUUUAGCCAGUCUGUUGCAAAGGUGAAAUGGAAAGGAAAAGGUGGAAGAUAUACCAAGAGUGAUUUCAAGGAGUAUGAAAAGGAACAGGAUAAAUCAUCUAAUUUGGUUCUGAAAGAUAAAGUAAAGCCCAAACAGGAUGCCAAGUAUGAUCUUAUAUUAGAGGAGCAGACAGAAGACUCGAAGUCAAGUCACUCACAUACAAGUAAAAAACACAAGAAGAAAACCCGUCACUGCUCUGAAGAAAAAGAAGACGAGAACUACAUGCCAAUCAAAAAUACUAACCAGGAUAUCUACAGAGAAAUGGGGUUCGGUCACUAUGAAGAAGAAGAAAGCUGUUGGGAGAAACAAAAGAGUGAAAAGAAGGGCCGACCUCAAAAUCGAAGUCGUAGCCGAUCUCGAGAAAGGGAUGGUCACUACAGUAACAGCCACAGAUCCAAAUACCAAACAGAUUCCUCUGAAAGAGAAAGGAGUAGAAAGAGAGACCGAAGCAGGAGUCCCAGGAAAUCCAAAGAUAAAGAAAGAUCUAAGUACAGAUGA